GGAUCCCAAUACCUAAAACCUCUUCCCCCAGCAGCAAGAAGAGUGUGUGGGUACUUAGACUUAGUAGUUCUAGUGUGAUAGGCAAGGUUGAAUUCAGAGCUUUCAUUAUGCAACUAAGUCAGUAUUAGCUAAUGUCUUCUAGCAAUUAGAGCAAAUCUUAAUUGACCUUGUGGCCUGUGUCAAUCAAAGCAUUAAUUAUCAAGCUGUUUAUAUACCAUUCCUUUGUUUAAAGGUGCUGGGUGUAAGGGGGUCAGUGCAAUACUAUUAAAAGGAGUUCUUGCAAUAAGUAAUUGUAUGAUUAGUCUGCACCCUACUCCUGGCACUGAAACAUACUGGCUGUUUUAGGAUGAGGCUGCUUGGGAUAAUUCAAAGAGAAGAACAAUAGCUUAGAGUACUGGAAAUGGUCUAUUCUUGAGUUUGAAUACCUUAAUGGUGCUAAUGGCUUCCUUUUGUUCUUUUCUUAUUCCAUUCAGGUAGCACUGAAUGAAAGAAUGGGGCUAUGUGAGUUUCACUGCUUAAUUAUAAGUUAGAGCUCAGUAUUUGCUUUUUAUUUAUAAGAUUAUAGGACUUGUCUGUACUUGCUAUUGUUCUGAAAUACCUACUUGGUUUUAAUUUCACAACUUGGUUUAAUAACAACUUUUCAUCUGUAGGAUAUGUCCUGUCACUAGUAACCUGUCCUGCUCUGCUCCCAGGCACUGCCCUGUGUGUUCUGCUUCUGUUCCACCACAGUAAGAUUGGGAACCACGUGGCCUUUCCUCUCUUUCCCGUGCUGCAGUGGUUAUUGCUACAGCAACGGCUGUUGUCUUCUUUCAUGUCUUCAGACAGAAAAGAAUUUCUCACCAAGUCCUGCUACACUGCUGGUAAGGAAUGCAAUGCCCUUAGGAAUUCAAGUGGGAGAGAGUACCAGCUAAAUUCUCAGUCUGUCUCUUCCCCCUUUCUCCCUAGUUUGAGCUGGAGAUGUCUUUAGUCACUUUUAAAAGAGAAGAUGUAACACUAUAACUGACCAUGGCAACAAAUUAGCUCACAAUCUCUUCUGCUCUUGCAAGAUUGAGCGUCCUUGAUCUGGAAGCUUGAUGAUUUAUUAUUCAAAUGUGGAAAUAAUUUGGUAAUUACAUUGACAGAAAGCAAUAACCAUAAUUGUGUGGUCAGAAGAGAAGGAAUUACUUUGCAAGGAUUCUUUAAUGAGUGUAAUAACACCUACUGAUAGUGAAUUUUGUUCAACCUCACACAACUGUCUCAUGCUUUAUAAUCAUUUUAGCCAAUGCUGCUAUAUAUGGGUGGUAGAGUUGUUUUGGGGGUUUUUGGAGUUUGUUUUUGUUUGGGGGUGUUUUCGUUAUUUUUGUUUCAUUUUGGAGGAUUUUUACUUCUAAGACUUCUAUAUAAAGUGAAUGUUCCCUAAAUGUUUAGCAGAAUGUUCUGCUAAAACCAGCAGAAAAAUCUCUUUGCCCUAGUGCUAUCAAUACGGCCUGCCAGCUCUCAGAGAAAACACAUUUGUAGUAAAAUGUAGUUCUCCAUAGCAUUGAGGGUUACCUUUUGUUCUCCAUACAAAGCACAAUGGUGUCAUCUGAGCAAGGACAGCACAGCAGAGAAUCGGGUGGGGAAAGUCUCAGUAAGUUUAGAUACAGAGAAGGCAGUAAAAAAAGGAAGAGUUUUCUCCUUGGGACCAAGACGGGUUUUGACAUGGAAAUAAAGUGCUUAAAAAAUACAGUCCUAGACUAGGACAGACCAGUCUUAUAACUACUCCAGUGUUUUCCCUGAGUUUUUGCAUGAAUGCUGAUACAAACUGUAUUAUGGUCAAACUAAUAUGUAGAGUGUCAAACUACCAAAUGCACUUACUUCAGCUGUAUGUGUUUCCAUUGUACCAUGAGUAUGUGUUACACUGGUAUGGGUACAGACACAAGUUAUUUCUUUACCUGCCAGUUCUAAGAAUGUGAAGGCACUCAAAAAGAGCAGGAAUAAAAAGAUGAGAUAGUAAUAGACAAGUAAUAAAAUAACUAAUACUAUUAGAGUGAUAUGUGCAUAUCACUUGGUCCAAAGCCCAUGAAUACAAUCUGUUUCUUCAUGCUCAUGUUACAGACUUCAAAGUUAGCAGUAGAAUAUAAAACAAUAAUACAAGAAAUAUUCACAAGCACAGUUACCAGCUCUCUUAGGUUUUCAGCCUGUGUCUUACAGGGUCUAUUGGUCCUAUUUGCAUUUGGGGAAGAACAGUGCUCACUGCCUGAUGCAAUAUGACUGCAGUUCUGCUUCUGUAGAGCUGGAGUAUUUCCGCUGCCAACUUACACAAAGGCUAAAAAGUUUGUUCUGAUUGAGCAAGACAUUGCUGCAAGUUUUACAAUCUCUGUAAAGUAGAAAAGCAAUCAGUCUGGUGUUUAAAAUUAGGCAAUUUCUUUAUUAAAUUAAUUGUGGAGAAGCCUGUCUUUCCCCACCCAAUCCCUUUCUGCCUUUGCAGAUCUAAUGCCUACCAGUGCACUGCAUUUAGUCACUGUGGUAACCACUUAAAAAUAACCAAUGUCCAUUGAAUCAACUCAGUAGCAGCCAGAAGGCAGAAAUAUUAUUUUUCUGGAUAACCUGUUCCAAGUGUCAUCACUGGGGCCCUGCUCCUUCCAGAUCAUUGCCUUUCUUUAUCACAUGGCCUAAGCCUGACCAUGAUAUUAUUGCUCUCUUCUUUUCCUACUCUUCAUCCUUUCCCUUUCUUCCCACCUUCUUUAACAGCAGGUUUCAAGUAACCAUGGCAGCAAGGCUAGGAAUUCUAUGCUUAUUCAUUUCAUCUGAAAUCUGAAACCUGCAUGGAGAUAACUUGUCCAAACCCAGCCUUUGGUGCAAGAGAAGGCAAUGUCAGUUAUGGCAGCACUUACAUGCUGGCUGUAUUUGGUCCAUUGUGUUAGAAAAAUGUAAAGGUAGAAAGUAAGCCACUUAAAAUUUGCAAAGUAUUUAAUAAUUUCAAACGCAUUUAGUACAUAACUUACUCAGAGGAGAACCACUGCUAUAACUUGCUCUAAUUGAUGUUGAUUUGUAGGCUGACAGGAAUGAUUUCAUAAUCGUGUUCCUAGUCCUAUGGUAUGUGUUAACUUAAGGGGUGCCUUCUCAGAGUGGUAUCAAGUGAUGUAAAUUAUAUCAGUAUACUCUUUCAAGAGGAAAUGUACUGUGAAACCUUAAAGGUGUCUCCUGCCAGGACAAGAUAUUAAUCUCCUCUAAUCUGUCACUGCAGUUGGACUCUGACUGGAUCUGAGAUCACAGUUUCAGGACAGAAAGAUCUCCAGAUUUUAACUUGUUUCAGUGCCAAGGGAGAUUAUCUCAAAUGUUCGUAUGUUGCAGAUUUGGACAUACCACAUCUCCUUGCACCUAGGAUGACUUAAAAUCCUAAAACAAUUGCUGUGUUUGUUCAUGGGGAAGCUAUGCAAAGCAAUGAUUACGAGGUAUUUUUGUACGCACUUGAUCCUGUGGGUCAUCUGCAAGCAAAGCAGAAAGCCAGCAGUGUGAUAAGUAACCUGUCUAUUACUUAGUGUGUCUUAUACUGUAACUUGGUAAACAUCAGCUCUCAGCCAGGUUACUGUUAGUAACAGGAAAGGCUCAAACAUUUCGCAGGGUUUCCAAUAGUGUAGCAGCUGACCAAGUGUCUGCACUACCUGAUCUGAGUGUAUGAUGCCACACAGAGAACAGCUCAUAAGGCUGUUUGUUACUUCCUUGCAAAUGUGUUGUUUUGGCCACAGUGAGCCAAUAAAGGCUUUUACCUUUCCCUCCAAAGUUUUGCAAUAGCUCAUAGUGUUCCCGUGAAUCACACACUUAGCUGGCUACUACCAGGUGCCUGCCAAGCACACUGGGAAGUAGCUCAUCUAUAGCUGGUUUUUGUAUGCCUCAGUUUUCUAGACCAGAGACCCAUGAGAGGUUAUUUUGUGUCCCUAGAGAAGUGAUGACUGGAUCUAAAAAGGUCUGAGUCACAGCAGAAACAAUUAUCAUGAAGCUGGAUGAAGCCACCAUGUGGCUUGUGACUUAGGCUGAUCUGCAGACAAAUUAGAAGAGAUGGGUUUCUGGAACUGAGGUGUAAGAAAGGAGAUACCUUUUUCAGCUUUUGUUUCCUUGUUCCUUGUUUUUGAAUUACCACUAACUGUCACUGUCAGCAAUGUUGGAAGAUGUUCAUAGUUGCAUUUGCAGACACAUAAGAUCUUUUCAAAAUAUACAAAAGGCAUUCAUUCCCCACUUAAGUUCCCUUCCCUUCAGAGUCUUCAGAAGCCCCUGCUUUGUGUGAUGUGAGUUGUUUGCACCACACAGCAGGAUUGAGGUGGGGUCUCAUCAAGUGGAAUAGGCAAGGCCCCAAAGCAGCUCUUCAUUUCAUUUUCUACCAUGCUCCCAGUAGGGUCUCUGUAGGAUCACUUGUUUAACAUUUCUUAUAACACCUGAUCUUAACCUUUCAGCAGUAUUCAUUUAAACAUCCCAUUUCCAAAGGUAAAGAAUGCAAGUGUGGGAAGAAUACAGGACAUUGGAGCCCUACAUUAUGACCAGAGCAAUCACAGAGUUGUUAUUUUUGUGGAAUAUGUGUUUACAGGUUUACAGCUGUUACAGCUACAAGACUGAAGUGUACAGACACUGCUCUAUGUACAUUAAAAGUACGUCACCAACUGCAUCAAUUCAGUAAGUUGGCUGAAUUCACGCAUUUUUCAGGAAGACAACAUUACCUAGCAGAUUUUCUGGUUAGCUUCAAAUUAGAUGCAGAUACAUGCAAACCAGUAAGGUCAAGAGUCACUAAAACUUAUAAGCAAACCACACCAUCCCUUACAAACAGAGAAACUAAGGCUUGCAAAUCCAUAACACUGUCAUCAUAAAAACAGAAAAUAUCUUCAGAUGUGGUAGGUUUGUGAUCUAAAGGCAUAAUGAUACUUUGUACCAGCUAUUUUGACUUGUGCUAGCAAAAGAAUUUUACCUUUUUAGAAAAGCAGAGUAAUUUUCUGAUCCUGCUGCCUUAUCAGCCAAAGUUCAUCAGCACAGAAACACUGAACAACAGAAGCCUUCCAAACGGACUCUUUUUUCAUGGCAAGGUAAUGAUUGUCUCAUGGUAUUUCAUGACAGUACACAGAAUUAAGAAUUUCUGUUGAACAGAGAAAUAGGAAAAAUACAUUUGGGGUGACUAUGACAACCUUCUGCCCUAGAAAAUAGCAAGGAAACAAAAAACACCCUUUGCCUCAUUCAGGAGUGAAACAGCUGUGGGUUCCAGGCAGGCUGCACAGCCCAGGCAGCUGCAAGUGGGAAGAUGGGACAGCAGUAGGAUUCAAGCUGGAUGCCCCACACUGCCCAGGUGUGCACUGCUCUUCUCUGUGCACUUGUUCACACAGAAACAAAAGAACAGCUUCAGCUUCCCUCUGCCAGGUGCUUACCUGUACUACCAGAAAGUCAUUAGUAAUCCAAGGCACAGCCAACCACUCCUGCCUGAAGUCAUGCAGACCAGAAGGCUAGACUCAAUAUUUAAAUUUGCUGCCUCUAUCUUUCUGUAAAUUGAGAGGGGAGAAAAAACCAAAGAGAACUUUCUUGGUCUUAUAUUUUGGUCUCACAUAUGCUUUGGAAUUUAAACACUUCUGUAACAAAUAAUUUUGUACAAUAUUGGGGGCCACUAAGAAAGAUAAUUUGUGCACAUUCAGACACACCGUCAUAUACAUUCUCCAUUCUUUCUCCCAUUUCUCCUCCCCUUCUUGCAGGGUCAUGGUUUUGUUGUUCCCUUACACACUUGUCCUCCUUGCGGAGGUCCUUACAAGGUAUGGGCAAUGCUGCCUGGCUUAGGUGACAUUCUGUGGUUCUUUGGUUACUUUCACCCUUUCACCCAGACAUGUCUACAAGUGUUUCUUCCAUUAUUAAUUUCAGCCUUGACUUAAAGCUUCCUGAGAUGCUAAUGGUCUGUUAUCAGGCUGGAAAGGUGCAGUUUGUGUCCAAGGGUUUCACCUAAAAGCCAAGAUACAAGACACACGGGAAACUUCCCAAGUGUGUGUGGGAAAGUGAGGAGAGUGGGAAGGGAAGGUUUCUGUCGUAAGGGCCUCACUGGGGGUUCUGCUCUGCCCUGGCUGUUCUCAAGUUUCAUUCACACAGCAGCAUGUUACACAGCUCUUAUCACCCAUCUCCCUCUCCUGUCCCAGUCCACACUGCUGCCUGCUGUCACUUUGCAUGUGACACCUCGAUCCUUCCCUCCAGUCACCAACCUCAUUCCCCCUGCAAACGAGUCAGGCCAGUGCUGAGGUGUUGUCCAAAAACAGACACACGCAUACAGAAACAGCCCCAAAGGACACACAGGGGCAGCUUAUGAACAAAGCAGGACAGGGAAGGCUUACAUGGAAUGACCAGACUUGAACGGGGCAGAUGGAGAAUGGAGUGUUGCUGGGAACGCGCAGGCAAAGCUAAGACACAAGAGCAGCGUGAUGGACUCUGCCCCACCCUACAGGGGCAGAGCUUAACAGCAUCACACUGGAAAUCUCUGGAGAAAGGUGUUCACACCUAAUCCCAUUUCUCCCUACCGGAUCCAUUCUAGCUGGAAAAACACCCAGCUUGCUAACAAGUGGGCGCUGGAGGGCUCAGGCACCCCCAAUUCAAGGAGGGACGAAAGUGCUGGCGCUGCGGUCCGCAGCGUGCCUGCCUGCUGGCAGUGAAUGACCAAAGGCCGGGCUCGCCUGCACCGUGCCCGUGAACAGCCAGGCCAAGCCGGACACCGCCGGCUGCUCAGAACAACACCGUGCUCCAGGGCCAUCCUAGAGCACACAGCACAGGAUCGCAUUCAGAUGGUUCUUGGACACAUCCACUGAGGGAGACUACACAACAUCUCGGGACAAUCUGUUCCGGUACUAGGUCACCUGCAUAGUAAAGACGUUCUCCCCCGUAUUCAACUGGAACUUCCUGUGCAUCAUUUGAAGAGCCAGGUUCUGCUCGGUGGUGCCAAGCAAAAGGACCACAGGCAACGGGCAGAAACUGAUGCUAAGGAAGUUGCACCUGUACGAGUGUCCCAACGAGGUUCUACCGGAGCCCUACGCACGCGCGGUGGUGUGUUCUAUCUCCUGCGCUCAUCGCGCUCAUGCAAAUCACGCUGCCGUGCGAAGGCCGAUUCCGCGGGCGGCGAUGAAGGCGGGGUCAGGCUGAAGAAGCCCUUCUUCUUCCCCGGUGCCUCCAGCGAGGGCUGCAUCGUGUGUCCCUGCCGCAUCCGCACACACAGCUAGACGCCGCAGCCAACGCGGCCCCGUGGGAAAACGCGGCAGCGGACGGGACUGCGCAGGCGCGGCCCCGCCGCCGCCUCGGCGCGCGCGUCACUUCCCGGCUGGGCCGGCGGCCCGCGGCGGAGCGCGGCCCCAUCCUGACCCCCGGCGCGGGCCUGCUCAGGGAGGGCCGGCAUGGAGAAGCUGCGGCGGGUGCUGGCCGGGCAGGACGAUGAGGAGCAGGGACUGACGGCGCAGGAUAAAGUGUUGGACCUAGCAAGGUCCUUGAUGCCUCAACACUCAGCUUUGGUACUCGAGUCAGAUGGUUUGCCAUAUGCUUUAUUGCUGGCAUUUUAUGUUCUUUUCUUGGAACAGCAUUGCUAUGGCUCCCAAAGGGGAUUAAACUUUUUGCAGUGUUCUAUACCCUGGGAAAUAUUGCUGCUCUUGCCAGUACGUGUUUCCUGAUGGGGCCGCUGAAGCAACUGAAAGCAAUGUUUGAUCCAAAACGAUUAAUAGCUACGAUUGUGAUGUUGCUUUGCCUAAUAUUGACUCUGUGUGCUGUAUUCUGGUGGAACAAGAAAGGUUUGGCAGUGUUAUUCUGCAUAUUGCAGUUCUUGGCAAUGACCUGGUAUAGUCUGUCUUAUAUUCCUUUUGCAAGGGAUGCUGUGAUUAAAUGCUUCUCAUCCUGUCUAGGGUAAAUUAAAACCAGGAACCACUGUCCACUUCAAAAGGCAACUUUUUCCUUUGUAAAUUUUGCUCAAAAAACUCUACUUUGACGCUUCUGAAAUACGCAGUAGCAGUUUAGUAUUUUCCUUGCCUUUUGCACUUGGGAGAUUAAAUAGUUUUUACUAGAAAUAGUUUUUAAAAUAAAUUUGGAGAAUUAUUUGUGUUUACCCUGGAACUUCCAGGCUUUUUUCUAACAAGAAAGUACAUUUAAAUAUUUCAUACAGAGUAGUCUUAACACUACUUUGUAUCCAGUAACAGUUUAUUCCUCAGUGGAGGCAAGUCACUAAGACCUGGGUAGUAUGCAUUAAGAUUCCAUUUACAGUUCUGUCUAAAAUUUGCAAUGUGCCAUUUAUGUUUGUAUAUUAUCCAUUGUAUGCUCUUCCAAAGACAGAGUUUUAUAAACAUUGUAAAGAUUUGGAAGGUUGGAAUUAACUGCUGCUUUGAAAUGUCUAUACAUGUGCCUUAUGGGAAAAACUUAAUGAGAAUGUGAAAGGUAUGUUUAAAACCUGUUGGAUUUUAUUAAAAAAGUUGUAUUUUAAAUGUUUUUUUAAAAAAAUUUCAUACCUAAAUACUUUUAACUAAAAGAACUUACGGCUAAUGUAUAAAUGGGACUUGUGAAAUAAAUUCAUUUUAAAAGUGCCUAAUACAUUUUUUUAUUUAGGAAUCAACUAUAGAGGGCUGAAAAUUUCAACAUUACAGUUGAAUAAAAAUGAAAGCAUAAAUGUGUGAAUAUGACUAUAUCCAAAUUUGUUUAAUAGAUUUGCAGAAGUUACCCUAAAGGUUCUUUUAGUAUUUAGACAAACUGCUCAUUCUGACUUAAUCUGGUAAUAGAUUCAAGUACUCUAACACGUUGCCUGGCUCCAGUAAGAGGUUCUCAUUUCCAUUUUUUUCAGCUAAGAACUAUCCAGUUAUUCUGGAGCAAAGUGUAAAUCUUUAAUGUUUGGUUGAUAUUAUAUUGCAGGAGGUUCUUUUUCACACAGGAUGGAUGUGCUUACAUAUGUGUGUUCAAAACUAAGUUGGUUUAGAUUUUUUUUUUCUCUUGAUCCACAAAUCUAGAAGAAGGAAUGGCUUUGAAAAUAUGUGAUCUGCACCAGAAAGGGGAAAAUAUCAGUGUUUUUAAUAUUCAGAGUUCAGGCUACAGAGACAAAUUGAGGUACAGUAUGUUCCUGUUAAAUCUCAGUGCAUAUUGCAAAACAUAGCAACAACUUUUGGGGAAGCUGUGUACAGGGUGAUUGCAUUAUUUUGCAGCUAGACUUCCAACUAAGCCAUGCCUUUUAACUGGUUCGUAACAAUAAAUUCCAGGAAGGCAUUCUCCCUGCUGGUGACUGGCAGGGGGCAAGUAGUCCUGGCCUCACAGCAGGCUCUUGGGCUCACUAGUGCUGUAUGAUGUAGACACAGCUAUUCCAAGUCUGCCCACAGCCCUUGGAUGCCAAGGCACCUUUGGGUGAAGUUUUGUUUCCUUUUAGUUUUCAGCUUGCAUUGAAGAGGAAGUAGGAUGUGCAUAGACAGUGAUGGGCAUCAUCCUGGAAGUGACUGUCCCUUCCCCAGUCGUUGCUGUUGACCUCAGCUGACUGGAAAGAUCCCGUCCCAUCCUAACCCUAGUGCAUCAGGGCCAGGCUUUCAUUUGCUCCAGAGCUGGUUUUGCCUAUCACCUUCUGUAGUCUUUAAUUAGAAUUACAUUGGUUAUUCAAAAUUUAUUUAUUUAUUUAUCUACUAUGGUAAAUUACAAAGUUACCUUUUGUCUGUUAACACUUAGAUCACCAGGAGAGAAUUCAAGAACCAAAAGUUCCAUGUACUGGUAUGCUUCCAUAUGCACUUUGGUCUGUUAGUUACAUCAUGCACCUUCCUUGUUUUUUUUUUCUCUCCUGAACAUUUCAGAGUUUACUUCCUCCAUGUCCAUACAGAGCACACACUCUGCGUUGUUUUGCCUCUGUCUUUCCCUCCUUUGCAUCCUGUCUUUGUUUACUGUGUAUGAGUAUUCCAAGAGCUCACAGUUAGGAAAUUUACACAGUAUAGUAAUACCCAUUAUGAUAGUGUGGAACCAAAGGUGUGAAGAUCUGUCCCUGUGGAUUGCAUACAUGCUACCCAUUUUUUGAUAAAGUCUUGGUACCAUAAUUAAAACAGUACUUUGAAGUAAAUGCUGUAGAAAUUUUAAGCCAUGACUUCUAAGGCUAAAUUGUGGAGUGAUGGUAAUCAUCUUGUAGCCAUAGGAAAUAUAUGUUUACUUAUUACUCCACCAUGAAACUCCUCCAAACCUCUGUUGUUGCCCAGGGUACUUGAAAAGAUAGGAGAUUGCUGUCUUGGAUAUCACAAAAAGCCACACCAAACCCCAAACAAACAACAAACCUCCAAAGGGUUUGAGCAUUAGCUCUGUCACAGAGAGCAUUGACGCUAGAAGGAGCUCUGGACUGUACUCUUCAUUACCAAACCAGGCAGUACUUGUCCACUAAGUCCGAGUCUGCCAGCCCUAGGUUUGAGUGUGUCUGUCUCUUGGCCUGUCUGCCUGCCCUUAUUCAUGAUACUUCAAGUAAUCAAGGAGCUCAAAGUAUCAUUCUUGUUUUUAAGACGGCAAGAUAAUUUAACAUUUUAAAAUAUUGCCUUUUCAUGCUUGGACGCUUGAGGACUUCGGGAGGAAUUUAGAACCUUGUUGCUCGGGGCGUGGGCCCCGCCAUCCUCUUUAGUUCGGCUCUGCUGUAGGGCGAGCGGGAGAGGACCGGGAAAAGGCGCCGGAGUAACGCCGCAUCGAGCCCGACCUGUGCGGCUCGUUCGGGAGAGCGGCCAGUGCUGGCACGACCCCCGUCCCCGCCCGCACUCCCACCCCGCGCUAGAGAAGGGUGUUCCCGGGGCGGGCGAAGGGCGGGAAGGGGGACGGGUUAUCGAGAGGGAAAAUCGGCUGCUGUCGGGGCAGAGCGAGCUCGCAUUCCGCUCCGGCGGUUCGGGCUCCUCGUUCGCCUCCGGCCAUGGGGCUGCAGCCGCGGCGCGCCGCGGGGCCCUGCCCGCCCGCGGGAAGAAGCGCCGCCUUGCCCGGAGCGCGUUCCGCACCUCCCUGGGCGCGCAGCGACGAGCCGGAGGGAACUCCCGGGCGCCCCGCCACGAUGCCGCCCCUCCUGCCGGCCAUCCUGCCGACCCCCUGCGCUUCUCCCGCUGCCGCCCGGGCGCAGCCCAAGAAGCCGCAGGCGGCUGCCUCAGCCCCCAAGAAGGCAGCGCCUCGGCCCGCAGAGGAGAAGGUGGCGAGGAAGGUGUCGGGGGCGCCCCCGGAGCGGCCGGGCCCCCUCUCCAGCUCCUGGCCCUGCUCGUCCCUGCAGCGGCCGCCGCCGCGGAGACUGCCGGCUGAGCGGGCGGCGCGGCCCCAGCCCACCCCGCCGCAGCCGCGGGGCCGCCCGGGGGCGCCGGGGGCCGGCAGCCGCUCCUGCGAGAGCCUUGGCGGGGCGCCGGGGGAGGCGGCGGGGCGCUUCUCGCUGAGCCUGCCUCCGGAGGCCAUCCGGGUACUGCAGCGCCGCAGCCUGGAGCGGCAGCGGGGGCAGCCCGCACCCUCUCCUGCCGGCAGAGCCGCCCCGGCCCGGCGCGGCGACCUGCGGGCUCUUCUGAAGGUUUCGCUGCUCAACGACCGGCACCGCUACGACGACGAGGAAUACGAGGAGGAGGAGGCGGCGGGGACCGCGGCGGACGAGGGGCUGGUGCGGAAAUGUACCGAGUGGCUGCGUGGUGUGGAGAGUGCGGCCGGCCGCGACCACCCUGAGCGGCUGGAGACGCUGCCGCACUUGGGCACCCUCUGAGCCCCGCCGGGACCUGGGAGCGGCACGGCGGCGGCUGUCGGAGCGGUCGCGCCGGGGGGAGGUGUGGCCACGAUCCGCGAUGUCGUGUUCCAUGCGUUACGGGCGGGUGGCGAGCGGAGCCGCUGGCCCAGAGCCGAUCCUCGGGCCUCCUCCGCCGCCGGGGCGAGGGACAAAGGAGUGGCUCCGGCCUCCGCCUACCGGAGCCCGGGUGCUGGGAGGGAGGGCACUGACUCUGGGUGUCCUGCCUCCAUCCUCGCGGUUUUUUUAAAGAUUUCCGACUACUUUAUAAAAUGUGCGUAAUGGUUUUGUAUAUUUGUACAUAAAAGUUCAUUUUUAUUUAUUUGAAUAAAGGAAUCUUGUGUUGCGGUGGC